AUGGCGGCGGAGGAGAGCAGGUUGAAGCAGCGGUGCCAUAAAAACAGUAUCUUCAGAGAAGGUGGCCAUGGGUUUAAAUCAGAAACAUCCCAGCUGAGAUGUGAGGAGGAGGAGGAUGACCUGCAGGAUGAAGAGGUGCUUGUUCCCCGGCCUGUGCAGAUCGUGGUGGCGAAUGAAGAGGAGCACUCGUUCUCCCUGCAGGAGGCGACGCUGGAGCAGCUGCUGCUGCAGGAGGAGGUGCAGGACCUCAACGUGGUCGUUGUCUCAGUGGCCGGAGCUUUUCGUAAGGGCAAGUCCUUUCUGCUGGACUUCAUGCUGCGCUACAUGUACAGAAAGUCAGCUAACUCAUGGAUUGGUGGUGAGGAGGAACCUCUUACCGGCUUCACCUGGCGAGGUGGCUGUGAGAGAGAGACCACAGGUAUCCAGGCCUGGAGUGAAGUGUUCGUGGUGGAGAAGCCAGAUGGAAACAAGGUUGCUGUUUUACUCGUUGACACACAGGGAGCAUUUGACAGCCAGUCUACCAUCAAAGAUUGCGCCACGCUGUUUGCCCUGAGCACCAUGACCAGUUCUGUUCAGGUUUACAAUUUGUCCCAAAACCUCCAGGAGGAUGACCUCCAGCACCUCCAGGUGAAACAGAACCAACACGAGGAGCUGCAGAAUGUCCGAAAACACAUCCACUCCUGCUUCUCCAACAUCAGCUGCUUCUUGUUGCCACACCCUGGCCUUAAAGUGGCAACGAACCCUCACUUUGACGGCCGACUCAAAGAUAUUGAUGAGGAGUUUAAGAUGGAGCUGGUGAACCUUGUGCCAACACUCCUGUCUCCUGAAAACCUGGUGGAGAAGGAGAUCGGAGGAGUAAAAAUCACUUGUAAAGACUUGCUUCAUUACUUUAAAGCAACAUCUGAAGCAAAUAACCUGGCWGCUGUAGCGGGAGCCAAAGACAUGUACAACAAAAGCAUGGAACAGGUCUGCGGCGGAGACAAACCGUACAUCUCUCCAGCAGAGCUGGAGCACCGUCACGCCGAGCUGCGACAGUCAGCUGUGCGACAUUUUCGCUCCGUUAAGAAGAUGGGGGGCGAGGACUUCUGCAAGCGCUACCAGGAGCAGCUAGAGGUGGAGCUGGAUGAAGCCUACGCAAACUUCAGCAAGCACAACGACGGCAAAAACAUCUUUUACGCUGCGCGAACGCCCGCCGCCCUGUUCGCUGUCAUGUUCAUCAUGUACACAAUAUCGUUGGUCACUGGCUUUUUGGGGAUCAGAUCUGUGGCCAUGUUGUGCAAUCUGGUGAUGGGAGGAGCUCURACAGCGCUCUGCGUCUGGGCUUAUGUCAAAUACUCUGGAGAGUUUCGUGAAGUGGGAGGAGUCAUCGACAAGGUGGCUGAAAUCCUUUGGGAACAGAGGACUCCUCGAAAGAUUUUCUCCAAACUCUUUGAGGUGGCUCGGAGUCGAGCUCCUUUGGGAAGCCUGAUCCCGGCACCGCGGUCUCGGCUCGCCUCCAACAACAACGUCAAGAAGAAAAACUAGCAUCACGCCACCAUUUAUUGCUUCACUUUCUGCUUGGUUUGAAACUCUGUUGUCUUAUGUUGACCAUAGAUCAGGGUUCCUCAGCUGCAGGUUGAAGGACUCUGUAGUUUCUGGACGAAGCAAGUGAAUGUGUUGGGUCAUUUGUUGAGUGUGAUUCAGGUAUUUAUUGGAGGGCGUGGUCGUUGCUGUCACCAUCUCCACCUUCAUCGCCAUGUAUGUCAGUGUGUAAAUGAAGAGCACGACCACCUUCUCUAUAUGCUCAUCGUGGUUCAGAUGCUGAGCUGUGUUCAAACCCAGAGUUUACAGCUUUCCUCACGGUUCUCCCAGGCUCAGGUCUGAACAAACCCAGGGAAGGUUUGGGAACCUGGGUGUACCCAGAGUCCAGCAGGUCAUGUUUUAGUUAGUCAUCUGAAUUUCAUUUCAUUUAAUGUUGGCCUACACUGACGUGUCAGUAUUUUAUCAUCAGUACACCGAGCAAAAACUGUUCAAGCACUCUGUAAUCAAACCCUGCAGAAACCAGGAUCACUGAAGACCAGAGGACUUGGUCACGUUGUAGCAGAGAAGUACCAAAUGAACUAAUGCCCUUAUGGGACGGUUGCAGCUCUAACUUAGAUCACAGUGAUGCUUGUUGUGAUUCCACACUUAGCUUUCUUCACCUGAUUCUUUUCUACAGAGCUACAGAAAGAGGCUAAACACGUUGUAUUCUAGGCUUCCUCUGAUUGUCCUCGCAGUAAAACGUGAAGGAUUGAGAAGCCAGCAGGCAGAUUUGUUGCUUCCUGUCCAUCUAAAGCAGAACUGGUUUGUCAGUUUGUGGAAAACAUCAGACUUCUUAGUUGAAGGCUUCGGCUUUUAUUUCUCCUGAUGUUGCAGGUCAAGAAUUAAAACUAUGAAUGAUGAAAA